CCCUUCUCCCCGCAGCGCCUGAUCGACAAGACGAAGGUGACCUUCGUCAAAUGGCUACCGGAGACGGAGCGGCUUUUCCUGGCCUCCCACGCCAGCGGUCACCUCUACCUGUACGACGCCGAGCAACCCUGCGGUGCCGCGGCCCCUCAGUACAACCUCCUCACGCAGGGCGAGGGCUUCAGCGUCUUCGCCUGUAAGAGCAAAACCCCCCGAAACCCCCUCCUCAAAUGGGCGGUGGGCGAAGGGGCCCUCAACGAAUUCGCCUUCUCGCCCGACGGGCGCUCGCUGGCCUGCGUCAGCCAGGACGGUUGCCUGCGCGUCUUCCAUUUCGACUCCAUGCUGCUGCAGGGGAUGAUGAAGAGUUAUUUCGGGGGUUUGCUCUGCGUCUGUUGGAGCCCCGACGGGCGUUACGUGGUAACGGGAGGCGAGGACGAUUUGGUGACCGUUUGGUCUUUCGCCGAGGGGCGAGUGGUGGCCCGCGGGCACGGUCACAAGUCUUGGGUUAACGCCGUUGCCUUCGAUCCCUUCACCGGGGCGACGCAGGCCCCCCAACCCCCCGAGCUGAGCGGGGGCGAGGAGGAGGACGAACCCCCCGAUCCCCUCGUCCGUCGCUCGCCCGCCGUCACCUACCGCUUCGGUUCGGCCGGCCAGGACACCCAGUUCUGCCUGUGGGACCUGACCGAGGACGUCCUUUACCCUCGCCCUUCUCUCUCCCGCGCCCGUACCCUCACCGGAUCGGGAGACGCCGGCGUUCCCGUUCCGGGCUUGCCGCGCUCGCUUUCCCGUUCCAACAGCCUCCCGCAGCCGGCGGGGACGGGCUCGGCCCGCGGCCCCCCACCCGACGGCCCCCCGGCCUUCAGCGUCGGUCGUUUCGCCACGUUGACGUUACAAGAACGUAAAGGAGCCUCCGGUUCCGAAAAAGAGCACAAACGUUAUCAUAGUUUGGGCAACAUCAGUCGAAGCGGGGAGAAACCUCCCGGCGGUGCCGGAUCCCGGGGACGACUGGAUACGACCAAGGUGCUGGGGACGGCGCUUUGCCCCCGGAUUCACGAGGUGCCGCUGCUGGAACCCCUCGUCUGUAAAAAAAUCGCCCACGAACGCCUGACGGUGCUGCUUUUU